UCAUACACUAAUCGGGCAGAAGCAACAAUUCAUUGUUGAUUGUCAAUUUGCGUGCAAUUUUUUAUUGUUAUUAGUGUUUAUAUAUUUAUUUUUAAACAAAAUAUCUGCGAUAUUGUUGUGUAAUAUUGAAAAAAAUUCGUGUUUAAGUGCUACAUAUAUACAAGUGUAAAUAAAUGUACUAAAACAUAAAAUUAAUUUGCUUGAAAUACCAAUACGCAGAAUCAACAGGUCUGCAUAGCACAAUGACUACAACGUAGGCAAACUUGCGCAUCCAUACCAACAGUAGGGCAAUAAAAGGCAUGCAGUUAACAGCAGCACAACAACAACGACGCAAACAACAUUAACUACUUACUCAAUAACAAUAGCAACAUAUAUCAAGUAAUAUUAUUUCAACGCAUAAAUUAGCCAAAUUCUUCGGGAAUCUAGCUGUGACUGUGGUAACGACGGCAACGCUAACCGCGAGAUAGCAGCCGCAUAUAGAAAUAUACUUGUAGUGCCGUUUGUUGGCGAUAAGUUUGGAAUAACAUUAGCACAUGUAUGCUUAAAACGAGACCUGGAGUUGUGGUUUGUUAAAUUCCCGUUGUGCAUAAAUUCAUUUGGAAAUUGCAUGUGCAAAAAGUGUAGUAGUGCAUUAAAUCGUCUAACGAUAAAUGAUGUGAGCGUAUUGUAAGAAUAGAAUAUUAUAGAAAUAUAAACAUUUAUAUAAUAUAAACAAAAGUUAUUGAGAGCCAACUGCUUGACGUUUGCAACCACAAGCACCUGCAAUGCUAACGCUCCUCGGUGAAUGUCAUCUAUGGAGUGUACGCGAUGAGUUGCGCAUUAAAUCAACCGACCUGGGUGCCUUCCGUUACACACGCAAUCGAGAGGCACAACAACAGAACGCUGAACUGACAGCGAUCGCCAAGCGUGAUUACACUGAACGGCGUAAUGGUGUGACCGUGCUCAAGAAUAGCCGCAAGGCACCUGGGCGUUUAAAGGAUAACAUUAAACGAUUGGAGGAAUUGCUGCGGAAUUAUAAAAUUGUGCAUUCUGAAUGGCGUGAUGCAGCGCAAGUGCUGCUGCUAUUCGCCAAUGGUAUUAUCGCACAUAUAUCUGUGGAUCCGGCGACAGGUGACAUCUUGCGUAUGGUCUACGAGAAGUACCUUGUUGGCAAGCUGGCGUCGGAAGUUAUCACCGACGCGUUUUUCACACGUUCCCACAUCGUCUUAGCCUAUAAUACGAAUCAGUUGACGGUGGUGCAUUUACAAAAACCGAAUACACGUCUGCAAGGACCUGAGAAAAUUAGUAAUAUGGAUCCACGCAUAUUUCAUGUGAUAAUACCAGGAACGUCAGAGCGUAAAUUAUCGCGUCAUCUAAUCGUAAACAGUAGCGCGGAUCUUUUUGUUAUAUGGACGAAAUCUUCUCAAAACGAAGUUUAUCCUUGGCGACCAACAAUACGUGAUCAAGAUAGGGCGAAUAUACAUGUUUUCAAAUUAAAGGGCAUGCAGAUAGAGUCCGUUUCAUAUUGUUGGUCUGAGAAUGAUCCGCUCUCAGUCGAUUUUCUACGCUCGGCCGAAAGUCAAAUUCUGACCGUAGAACAAAAGGUAUCUCGAAAAGGUGAAAUAUCAGCUGAAGUAUGUACCUAUGAAAUAAAUGCUGGUAAAAUGCAACGCGCCACAGUGACGUCAAUUGCGAUGGGAACGCAAAUAUGUUGUCACUCCUUUAGUCCAGAUCAAGAGAAACUAUUCUUGGGUUCAAUCGAUCGCAAAAUUUGUCUGCAUGAUCUGGUGCAGCAAGUUACCAAAGUCACAACACGUAUAGACAUCAUACCCACGCAAUGUGCAUGGCACUCGGAUAGUAGUAUUGUUAUGGUAGCUAAUGAGCGUGCGCAAUUUCAAUGUUUUGACCUCGCGCUCACGCCGGUCGGCAACCAAUUGCAAAGCGAAGAUGUCACGCCGCUGAAUUUAUUGGAUCUUUCACACUACUUCACCAUACAACCGACAUUGUUGCACAUUGCAUUUAGUCACAAGCCCGAUUUGACGCAACGCGCUUUACACUAUGGCCAAACCGAUUGUUUGCUCUUGUUGCACUUCGAACAAGGUCCGUUGGGUUGUUUGCGAUUCUUCGCUGGCGCUGGUAUGCGUGGUGACAUACACAAUUCAGGCCUGACCGCUGAUGUUUUGGUUGACAAAUAUUUAGCGCUGAAUCAACUGGAGAAAGCGGUGAAUUUGUUAAUGGCGAUCAACUGGGAAACCUACGGCGCCAUGUGUUUGAUAUCAUUACACAAAAUAGCUAAUUAUGUUUUCUUUCGUGGUGAGGCGAAACGCGCACGUGUAGAGCUGCUGGGAAAAGCACUGAAGACAUUCACCGAUGAACUCUCCGAAGAAACAAAAGACGAGUUUAGCGAUCAGGUGUUUGAUUUGAAAAGACGUUUUUUCUUCUAUCUGCUGCGAAAACAUAUGUAUGCAGAGGCCUUUGAAGUGGCUGAAGAUAUUGAGGAUUAUGAUCUUUUCAUGGAUUUAUUCAACGAGACCAAAUCGAAUGUAAACUUGUUAGAAUUCGCCGCCGCCGCUUUCAGUCAGGCAGCGACUAUACUGCAUGAAGAGGAGGGACACGUUGGUGCUGUGAACGGUGUUGCGAAUAACAAUUUAAGUACGAGUGCCGAUUAUCGCUCGGAAUCGGCGUGCUCACAAUCAACAUACUCCGACAUGCAGGUGGUGCAGCGCAGCAAGCUACAACAUAACAAAUAUACAAAAGAACAUUUAAAGAACUAUGUGCCACCAUUGCCAUCAUUCAAAUCGAAAGUAUUUAGUGCCGAAAUGAUAAAAAUUAAUAUUCCAAAACCCGAAUUGCGUACAGAGAGUACACAAGAUGCAAUACGUACACGUCCGCCGCCACCACCGCCACCUUUGCCGUCGUUGCGCAGCUUGAAACUCUUACAAAAUACCAACAACUCAACAGCUAUAAGCAGCACGCUUGCUGAGCUGUCUAUGAAAAGUGGCAGUGAUUUUAAUAAUACCGGCAUUGCGCUGACUGCUGCUCCAUCCGUCACACUUUUACCAUGGCAGCAGCAACUGCCAGCCGAUGUAAUGGCACCAAACAGUAUAAACCCACCCGCCGCCACAAUGCUGCCAAGACUUAACACCGCCGGCAGCAGUAGCAGCGCACACACACUGUUGCCCGUAAAUUCAACACACCAGCAAACCAUCACCGCCAAUUCAAAUGUGCUGCAUCAUGCUACACCGGCUGUGAUUGCUGAAAAUUCCUUGCCAUUGCAACAAAAACAUAUGCAACCGUUGCCACCAACCGCGCUUACGCCUACUUCGCUUGCUGCCGUAUCCGCGUUGCAAUCUGUUAAUUAUAAGCCAAAAUAUUAUCAACAUCCAUUAGUUUCGGGCACAAUACCACCAACUUUGGUUGUGAACACAAAUAGUGAGGAAUAUCAAAAGCGUUUGUUGCAAAAGAAGCCAACGGCGUCAAUACUAUCGAAUAGUUCAACACAACAACAUAACGGUGCUAAUUUAGUCAAUGGUGGCAGUGGUGCAACGUAUGCAAAUGGCUUGAAUAAAGAUUUGCAAAGUGGUGGCAAUGGUGUUGGAAAUGGUCGCAAUGCUGCAGGCGAGAAGAAUAAAGUGAAGUUCUCGGACACGGUGCAGGUCGCUGUAGUGCCGGAGAUCCCACGCAAAGAAAAACCACAAUUGCCGAAGCGUAAUGGUUAUUCGCGCCCCUUACCGCGUAACAUUACAAAUCCGAAGAAGGAAUUAGCGGAUAGCUUGCCGUUAUGUCAUCCACAUGAUGAAUAUUUAAAAGAUUUUAAUCCCUUAUCAGCAGCUGAUGAAUUACCUCGUCCGCCGGUAAGGUCCUCAAAUCGUGAUGAAACCUCAAAGUCACGCAAAUCGAAUAAUACAUCUCAGCCGUCUAUUAAAGUGGUGCACUUUGGUGUUGUCUAAGCAAGCACAUUUUGUUACAAAUUCUCGCUUUGAUGCUAACGGUGCUAUUCAGCCUUACUUUAAUAGAAGCUGUGCAGAUAAAACGUCCAUUUAUACUAUAUAUAUGUAUUUAGGUUUAAGCUCUACACUAUUUGUGCCUUCUUGUAAUAAUUUUUCUAAUUUUUCGUAUAUACUUUUGUUUUCAAAAAAUUUCGAUGUAAAAACUACAUUGCCGUCCAGUAGGGAAAGCUUUAAAUAGUACAUUCCAUUUAGGUAUUAAGCAGUGAAUUUAGUAUUUUUAUUCAUUUUAGUUUGUGUAAAUUAAGCGAUUGCUACAAAUAUAUGCAUGUACGUUGUACCCUCCGUGUACAAUUAAAACAAA